AUGUUCAAAUCAAGAGAACCCUUCCAUAACUACAAUGGCGACAAGCUGAGCUUUCUCGACCUGUCCACGGAGGUCCGCUACCUCAUUUAUCGCUGUGUAUUUGCGCCAAACAACGAGAACACGGUUAUAAAGAUGUCCACGGACGCAUUCCACCUUUCGAGACUCAUCAAAAACCGUCCUAUCCGCCCUAUCACGUCCGACUACGCCUACAAGAGCUUAAGCAUCCUAGCUACGUGCCAAAUCAUCAGAAAGGAAGCUAAACAGCUCUUCUGGGCGCUUACCUCCUUUUCCUUCUCCACCACUACCGAGCUCAACAUCUUCCUUAAGCAAAACACCAUUCUCCCCGGCCUACCUCGCCGCACCAACCUCGAAAACAUCCAGCACGUCAUCCUGGUUAACGAUGACAUCAACAACCACGACCACGUCUACCGCGACCGUGUCCUGACUAAGCUGGCCAAUGGCAGCAGUAUCGUCUCGCUAGCCAUCCAGCAUAACGAUAGGUGGCCUUGUUGGUGCGAGCGCUGCCUAGACGUCCAAGAGGUGUUUAAUGUAGAGUGGGAAGAGCAGUUGGAGGAGCGUACGGCCGAGGAGGAGAGAGUGGAGGAGCUUAAUGAUAAGCAUGCUGCCACUUGGGAGCAGGACCAGAUCGAUCUAGAGCUGGAGUUCGCUGGCUGGGAGGAGCUGUAA